AUGAAUACCCCUAUUCCUCCUAAGGUUAAAAUCCCUACGUUAGACCCUUAUGAGGGAAAGACAGACCCAACAGACCAUCUGAACGCUUACAAAGCACAGAUGGGAGUUCAAAUCGGGUGUGAAGCCUCAUGGUGUAGGUUCUUCCCUACCACUCUCAAAGGCAUAGCUCAGACAUGGUUCAACAACCUUACCCCAGGGAGCAUAAGAACCAAGGGGAAUGAAAGUCUUAAGGAAUACAUCAAGAGGUUCAACACCGAGUCUCAGCGCAUCCCCGACCUCCAAGACAAUGUUGCUUUUACAGCCCUUCUCUUCGGGCUCAAGUCUAAUAAGAUGAAGUUUGAACUUGUCCAUGACAAGGUGAGUACCUUCUCUGAAUCCAUGGAAAGAGCUGAAAGGAUCAUUGAAUCUAGUGAGGUGUGCAAGGCACCCGUGGCAAACAACAAGGGGAAGAGGAAGCAAGAAGAUAAUUAUCAUGAGAACAGGAAUAGAAGGUCGAGGAGGGCUGAGAGUGAUGAUGAAGGAUUGAAGUACAAUGUUGAUAGGUAUGAGAUUUAUUUUGACAUAAGGCACAAGGCUAUUCUUCUUAAGCCUAACCCCAUGAACACGCCAAUUGAGCAGAGGAACAGGAAGCUUUGGUGUGAAUACCAUAAAGAGUGCGGUCACACCACCCGGAACUGCAAAGACCUUAAGAGAGCCUUGAUAAGCUAG